UCUCCUAGAGGUUACAGGAGAGAAAGGACAAAGCCCCAGGUGCUGGGACCUACUGGGUCUCCCAGAGAGGAUGAAGCUCCUCCUGCUCCUGCUGGCCUUCUCUCUGCCCCCCAGGACAAAGGCAGGGGAGAUCAUCGGGGGACAUGAGGCCAAGCCCCACUCUCGACCCUACAUGGCUUGUCUUGAGAUCACUGAUGGAGAUAAAACUCGAAGGUGUGGUGGCUGCCUCAUACGAGAGGAUUUUGUGCUGACUGCGGCUCACUGUAACGGGAGCAAAAUAAUUGUCACCUUGGGGGCCCACAACAUCCAAGAACAGGAGAAGACCCAGCAGAUCAUCCCUGUGGCAAGAAUCAUCCCACAUCCUGGCUAUAAUAAACAGAAAAAACUCAAUGACAUCAUGCUCUUAAAGCUGGAGAAGAAGGCCAAGAGGACUAAAGCUGUGAGGCCCCUCAACCUGCCCAGGCGCAGGGUCCGUGUGAAGCCAGAGGAGGUGUGCUCUGUGGCUGGUUGGGGAAGGAUAGGCCCGGAGGAUGAAUUAUCAAACACACUCCAAGAGGUGGAGCUGACAGUAUGGAAGGAUCAGGAGUGUGUGUCCCACUAUCCACGUUUUUACCACAAAGCCAAUCAGAUAUGUGUGGGGGACCCAAAGAUCAAGCGAGCUUCCUUCGUGGGGGAUUCUGGAGGGCCUCUCCUCUGUAACAAAGUGUUUGCCGGCAUCGUCGCCUAUGGAAGUGAGGAUGGUUCAGCACCAAGUGUCUUCACCAGAGUCUCAAAUUUCUUAUCCUGGAUAAAGCAAAUGAUGAAACGCAGCUAACUCCAGAGCA